UCAAGAGUCAGAGCCGAAGUGCUGGCUGUUGAAGAAAAACUUAUCUCUCAGUCCCAAAGAUGUUGGCUAACGUGACCACCACGAUGAAUGGAACGCAAGCAACGAACUGCCUCGAUCCUUCAGUUGUUAAAAAAGGAAAGACUUUUGCUUUUUGUCUGCUUUUUGUAGUUUCGCUGGUUGGAAAUACCUUGAUCGGAGUAAUUAUCUACAGGACGAAAUCCCUGAGAAAGCCCGUCAACUUCUUUAUCGCAAACAUGGCCGUGUCAGAUCUGCUCAUUCCGAUUUUCCUGUUUCCGAUGAAGUUGGUAGGAUUAUACACCGAAUCAUGGAAAGGGGGAGAUGGUCCUUUCGGUCAGUCUUUGUGUAAGUUGGUUCACUUCUCAGUGGAUGCCUCCGCGGUAGUGUCAAUUCAAAGCCUGGUACUGAUUGCAGUGGAUCGAUUUGGAGGUGUGGUUGUUCCCCUCCGUGCCCCACUCAUCAGCUCAAAGAAGUGCCGGUUCUAUAUUCUUGCCACUUGGAUCAUCGCUGUAGCUGUUCAAUGCCCAAAUCUGUUCGCCUUAAAAGUCGUCGAGUAUCAAGGAGGGCUGCAGUGUUACCUGCAGUGGAACGAUGCAUUUGGAGAGUCCUUUUCCUACCAAGAUUACAUCCUCGCGAAACACAUAGUAUUUUUAUUCAUUCCUCUAAUCCUCAUUGCUGUACUUUACUUUUUAAUUGCAUUAAGAAUCAAAUCUCGGAAGGUUCCGAGGGACUAUUCUUUCAACGCAAGGAGACAAGGUUUGAGGAGACAUCGAAAUGCUCUGAGAAUGUUUAUUGUAAUAGUGUUUGUUUUCGCAAUCUGUUGGCUGCCUUUUUCUGUCAUUUGGCGCCUACAUGGCGUCAAAUUGUCUUGCAGUUUCCAAUAUUUCCAACGUAUUGCCUAUUUUUUAGCAAUAUCAAACUGCGCCAUAAACCCUUGUAUCUGUUUUAUUUCCAAUGCAAAUUAUCGUCAGGCCCUAACAAAUCUUCUCAGCUGUUAUUCAGCUUCUCCCAGGGCUUAUAAAGCUGUGGUGUAUUUAAGAACAGCCGCCAAAAGUAGAACACUACCAGCUGUAGACACUGACUUCAGUUUCAGUCAGAUGAGGAUGUCGGCAAACUUGACUGCUCAAAUGAAUGGAACACAAGCAUUAAGCUUCUUCAACCGUAUGCAUGAAGUAACAAGAAUUGGACUGACCUUCUAUCAUUGCCUGAUUUUCGUUGUAUCACUGAUCGGAAAUAUCAUCAUCGGAAUUAUUGUCUACAGGACGAAAUCCAUGCAAAACCCAAGCAACUUUUUCAUCGCAAACAUGGCCAUGUCAGAUCUGAUAUUACCGAUUUUCCAUUUUCCGUACUUUGUAACGAAGAUUAACUUCGGCUGGUUGACGAGUGGUCCCCUUGGACAAGCCUUGUGUAAACUAGUAUUCUUUUUGCCAGAUACUUCUUGUCUUGUGUCGAUUCAGAGCCUGGUUUUAAUUGCAGUGGAUCGAUUUGGAGCAGUAUUUUUUCCCCUCCGUUCCUCACUCAUCAGUUCAAAGCAGUGCUGGCUCUUCAUACUCGCCACUUGGAUCAUUGGUGCCGCUGUUCAUAUCCCACACCUGCUGAGCUUUAAACUUGUUGAGAAUCAAGAAGGGCUGUCAUGUGAGCACAAAUGGAACGACGCAUUUGGGGAUUCCUCGUCUUUCCCAAACUACGCAGUACCAAUGCUUGUAGUUUUCUGGCUUGCCCCUAUGGUUUUGAUUGCCAAAAGCUUAUUUUAA